AUGGAAUCAAAUACGACAGUCGAAGUUAAGAUUGAUCAGGAUCGAUGGGUGGUUCAAAUCAAGGAGGAUCUUCAAACUAAUGGCGAAGAAGAAGAAGAAAAGGAGUCUUGCGUAUCCGUGUUCGGUGUGCCCAAGGAGUUGUUGGUAGUGAAGCCAGAAGCGUACGUUCCACAAUGUGUCUCCAUCGGACCAUAUCACCAGUGGAGAUCAGAUCUGUCCGAAAUGGAGAGAUAUAAAGUGGCUGCUGCUCGAAGAUUCCAGAAGAGGAUUGCAGGAGACUUUAGGUUUGAAUCUGUAGUCAGCGAGAUGAAGAAGCAUGAGAGGCAGAUCAGAGGGUGCUAUCACAAAUUUCUGGACUAUACGGAGGAAGCUCUGGCAUGGCUCAUGGCCUUGGACGCCUCCUUCGUGUUGGAAUGCUUACAGUUCUACGUCAAACAGGCGGACCAGGCUUCUUCACAUGUGUCCUCCGAUGUGAAGCAACUGGGCAGAGUUUUAGAUCCGUAUGGCAGGAGCGCCACUCACAAUGCAAUUAUGAGGGAUCUGAGUAUGCUUGAGAAUCAGAUACCGUUGUUCCUCUUGCAAAAGCUACUGGAGAUGCAGCUGGUUUCUCAAGACAAGGCGGAAGAAAGGCUCUACAAUCUGUUAAGUCUUGCCUGUGAUGAAUUGUCACCCUUUAUGUUCAAGAUGCCUGAGAGUUCAAGGCUAAGUAUAAAAGAGCGGGCUCACAUACUAGAGGUGCUCUAUUACUCAAUUGUCCCUGCGGCGGCGUUGGACGAUGCCAGUUCAAAGGAGGUCAAGGAGGAAAAGGAGGCGUUACCAGAUACCACCUACGUUGAAGAGGCUCUGAAGGAAGGAUGGAAAGCUGUUUCCUCGCUAAACAUCGGCCCUGUACGACGUCUCACGGCACUUCCUCGCCGUCUGUUUAAAUUGAAAGCUGUGAAGUUUUUGAUGAAGUUACCUGUACGCCUAAUUUCUAUUCUUGGAAACCUGCCAAUCCUGCGCGCGUUUAAGGAACCCUUAACUAUUCUCUUCGGCUCCUCUGCCACCGAGAAAGAUGAAAAGGAUGGCGACGAAGGAUCGUCCUCUGUGGAAACUCCUCCUACACGGGACGAACUGACGAUUCCAUCGGUCUCCGAUUUAUAUUCAGCUGGAGUAAAAUUCCUUCCGGCCGACGGAGACCUCACUACAAUUCGCUUCGACCCGACAACUGCCACUCUUUAUCUUCCGAAAGUGAAACUGGAUGCCAAUUCGGAAGUCAUUCUCAGAAAUCUGGUAGCCUUCGAAGCUUCGGCGGCACCUGGGGACCUGAUCUUCACUCGGUACACUGAUUUCAUGAACGGUAUGAUCGAUAAGGAUGAAGAUGUUCGACUGCUGGUAAAGAGUAAGAUCAUCUACAAUCAUCUGGCAAACGAGGGGAAAGUGGCAAGCCUGUGGAACGGCAUGGGUAAAUGUGUGAAAUUGACAAAAGUUAAGUAUCUAGACCAAGUUAUAGCGGACGUCAACAAACAUUAUAACAGGACAUGGAGCGUUGCUGUGAUGGAGUACAUGAACAAAUACAUCUUUGGUUCUUGGCAGUGUCUCACUUUUUUGGCUACUGCUAUACUUUUGAUUCUUACUUGUUUGCAGGCCUUUUGUUCAGUAUAUGACUGUCAGAGCUGGUGGACUGACACAAAGUUUCUGCAGGGCUAG